AUGACUACUGAUUACAUGUUUACUAUGAAGUGUUCUGAAGACGGCACCUUUUCCGAUGGUGGGUUACAUCGGUUUGGUAAAAUUGAGAUGCAUCCAGCUGCCUGUGUUCUGAACUAUGGCCAGGGAGUAAUUGAGGAACUGAAAACAGGAACAUGCACUGAGGAUGAGAAUGGGAGCAGAGCGCAUGUGUAUGCCUGCACCAAGCCACCAACUGUUGAGCAGUUUGUGGAAGCUGUAAAACUUACUGUAUUGGGAAAUAGACGUUGGGUUCCCCCACCAAAUAAAGGUUAUCUACUUAUCAAACCACUACUCAUUGGGAAUGGACCUGUUCUUAGUGUUAAACCAGCUCCAGAACUCACCUUUCUCAUAUUUGCUGCUUCGAUGGGAAACAACUUUAAGAUUUUGAAGGCACAGGAGGAAGCAAAAGCAGGUGGCUUUUCUGAUGUUUUAUACCUUGGUUCUGUUCACAACAGAUAUGUUGAACAGACUUCGGUGGCUAACAUCUUUGUAGUGAAGGACAAAAUUAUCUCCACUCCAGCAUUGGAAGGGACAGUUUUACCUGGCGUGACACGCAAAAGCAUAAUUGAAAUUGCUCACAGCCAAGGGUACCCUGUAUGUGUUCCAGUUCUAUUUAGUCAUCAAUCUGCAGCUAGUUCAGCUGGAAUACUUGAACCACAGGUUGAGGAGCGCCCUUUGUCGAUUGAAGAAAUGCUAGAAGCUGAAGAAGUGUUAUGUACCGGCAGUGCUGUCUGUUUAUCACCUAUAGGCAGCAUAGCUUACUUGGGCAAAAGGGUACAUUACAAAGAACCCGGACCAGGUGGAGUUUUUGAGCAACUGUAUCAGGCUCUUUCAAAUAUACAGAUGGGUCUUGCAGACGACGAUAGGGGUUGGACAGUAACCUUGAAGUAG